CAAAGCCCAAAGCCCAAAGCUGAAGCUUAGAGCAAAGAGAAGAAGAAGUAGUCUAUUGGAAACAUGCGCCCAUUGACGGAUGCGCCUCGUCCGUCUUGGGUUGCACAGAAAACGUGUUCAGAGGGAGAGGAACCAAUCGAUUGACGGCAUCUCUUUUCUUCUGUUCGCCCUGUUUAUUUCCGUCGAUCAUCUAUCUGUACAACGGCGUGUUCUCUGUGUAGCGCUUGCUUUUCCUUUUUCCCACUCCUCCUCGCCCCUUGCCUUGUCCCUAUACUGUUGUGUGGUUGGUGUUUGUACGUUGUGCUGCCUAGAUCUCCCACAGUUACAACAGAGCAUUAGGCGUUCUGUCUAAAAAAAUACCCGUAGUACCGAC